GUUUCGAAAUUCAAAAUUUGAAAUUUGAAAAGAGAGAAUGUCGUCAGUGUCAGGUAACAUGAAGGGUUUCUACAGGCAAAAAAAAAAUCCCAACAAAUCUUCAAAGAAACCUCCGAUUCACGCCGCCGCCACUUUCGGUUCCGAUUCGGCCCAACCACCGGCCCUCAUCUCCCCCGGUGGAAACCCUGACCUCGAAGAUGAAUACGAUGAAAGCGAGACGAUGUUGCGGGAAUUCGACAUGAACAUGGCAUAUGGGCCUUGCCUCGGGAUGACGAGGUUAACAAGGUGGGAGCGUGCUCAGAAACUGGGUCUGAACCCUCCACAAGAAAUUGAGAGGCUCUUGAAAAGUGGUAAGGUUCAGACAGAGUCCUUGUGGAAUGGUCGCAUUUAGAAUCAAGAAAAAUAAUAAUAAUAUGAAACUGUAAUGUCUUAUUGUAGGUUGUAACGUGUGUCUUUAGAUUUUGCUAAAAAAAAAAAAACCCAAAUCAGCUUCUGGCUGUGUUCUUUUCUGUGCUUGUAUGUUAUAUGGUUCAAAUCAAAGAUGACGCUUGAUUAAGCAAAAUGUCCUUAUUUGCUUGCUUCCAGUUGUUCAUUGUUGUUAACUUGUUAUCAAAUCAUGGUUUGCUUUGUUACCUGGCUGUUCUCUGUUGUU